GUCUCCUGGAAAAGCUUAUGUAGAAGGCGAUGCUUCAAGUGCUAGCUACUUCUUGGCUGGAGCGGCCGUCACAGGUGGAACUAUCACUGUUGAAGGUUGUGGGACAAGCAGUUUACAGCAUCCUAAUAUGUACCCACAUUUGGCCCCUGAGUUUGGUUUAGUGGGGGAUGUCAAAUUUGCUGAGGUUCUUGAGAAAAUGGGAGCAGAAGUUACUUGGACAGAGAACAGCGUCACAGUCAAAGGACCACCAAGGAAUUCUUCUGGAAUGAAGCAUUUGCGUGCCAUUGAUGUGAACAUGAAUAAAAUGCCUGAUGUUGCCAUGACACUUGCUGUAGUUGCGCUUUUUGCUGAUGGUCCCACUGCUAUAAGAGACG